AACUUCCGGCCGCACUGAGCAUGGCGGCAGCUCCUCUGCGCUGAUUGGUUGCUUGUGCUUACCGUAAUCUUGGGCACUCGCUGGGCGCUUGGAGCAGCACUUGGCACCCCCUGAGCAAUCUGCAAGUGGGUUCGGACCCUCAGAAAGUUUACGAUUUGCACUCUUCCUCGUCUUGAACAUCGGAGGUCGGCGCCAGGAGAUUUGAAACGCGAGGCUGAGUUCUCCCUGUUUUCCGUUUCUCCGGCAGGAACCUUCGGGGAAGCGUGGAAGGAAGGGAAAGGCAGGGCUCGCGUGAUGACCGGCCAGUUCCGUCUCUGCGUGUUCGCGGGAUCACGCCUUGCGCUGCUGUGUGGACUCGCACAUCUGGCCGCAGUUGUGUUUGUUAAUGCAAGCGGAUACUGAUGCGUGCUGAGGGGGCAGACGUCUUUCUUCUACCCACUCUCCAAGGGCCCCAAAGACCUUGCAGAUCGAUCUAGUGCCUAGACACGUGUUCGCUGGCGAAGGGGUUAAAUAUUGGAGCAGAGACUGGAACUCCUAGCAUUUUAAGGGAUUCGUGUGUAUUUACAAAAAUGAUUGUUGACCACCACGCGACACCGGCAGUGUGGGAUUCGUAAGCGUCUCUCGCCCUCCUGCAGCUCCAACAUGUUCUCCAGUCGGUUAGCUCGGCUAAAUAGGGGUGUAGCCACACCCACCGGAAGGAUCGCCCAGCUGAUCUGGAGGUCUCUCUCCAGAAGUCUGACACUGAGUUCACAGCGGAGAGUUCCAGGUGAAAGCAAUCUCAGUAGCUUUGUCACCCGGACCAACACAUGUGGAGAGUUGCGUUCUUCUCACUUGGGCCAGGAAGUCACCGUGUGUGGAUGGAUUCAGUACCGAAGGCAAAACAUCUUCCUGGUCCUAAGAGAUUUCCAGGGACUUGUUCAAGUUGUCAUUCCCCAGGAUGAGUUGGCUGCUUCCGUGAAGAAGAUUUUAUGUGAUGCGCCCGUGGAGUCUGUGGUGCGGGUAUCCGGGACCGUCAUUUCCCGGCCCCCGGGACAAGAGAACCCAAAAAUGCCAACCGGUGAGAUUGAAAUCAAGGUUAAAACAGCCGAACUUCUGAAUUCCUGCAAGAAGCUGCCCUUUGAAAUUAAGGACUUUGUGAAGAAAACCGAGGCUCUUCGUUUGCAGUAUCGCUACCUGGACCUGCGUAGUUCCCAAAUGCAGCAUAACCUGCGGCUGAGGUCCCAGAUGGUCAUGAGAAUGCGGGAGUUUCUCUGUCAUCGACACGGGUUUGUGGAUGUGGAAACUCCGACCUUGUUUAAGAGGACUCCAGGGGGUGCAAAAGAGUUUGUAAUCCCAUCCAGGGAACCUGGAAAAUUCUAUUCUCUCCCUCAGAGCCCACAACAGUUUAAACAGCUCCUGAUGGUUGGUGGUUUGGACAGGUACUUCCAGGUUGCCAGGUGCUACCGAGAUGAAGGCUCGCGGCCGGACAGGCAGCCCGAGUUCACUCAGGUUGACAUAGAGAUGUCUUUUGUAGACCAGACCGGGAUCCAGAGUCUGGUGGAGGGUCUGCUGCAGUACGCCUGGCCCAAAGACAAAGGACCGCUGGGCGUCCCUUUUCCCUCUGUGACUUUCGCCGAGGCGCUGGCCAGCUACGGGACAGACAAGCCCGACACCCGCUUCGGGAUGGAGAUUGUAGACGUCAGUGACGUGUUCAGAAACACAGAGGUCAGAUUUCUUCAAGACGCACUCAGUAAACCCCAAGGAGCCGUCAAAGCCAUACGUGUCCCUGAAGGAGCAAAAUACUUAAAACGGAAAGACAUUGAGUCCAUUAGGAAAUUUGCAGCUGACCAUUGCGAUCAGGAAGUCUUACCCGUGGCCCUGAAAGCCAGUCAGGACUGGAAUACGCCAGUUGCCAAGUUAGUGAUGGAGGAACAGGGACGGGGCCUGGCCAGGCACCUGGAGGCCCAGGAGGAGGAUGUGGUCCUGCUCACGGCCGGGGAGCACAGGAGGGCGUGCUCUUUGCUGGGAAAAUUACGCCUGGAAUGUGCCGACCUUCUGGAAGCAAGAGGAGUGGCACUCCGUGACCCGAACCUGUUCUCCUUCCUUUGGGUGGUGGACUUCCCACUGUUCCUUCCCAAGGAAGAACAUCCCGGAGAACUGGAGUCUGCCCACCACCCGUUCACAGCUCCCCACCCCAGUGACAUCCACCUCCUGCACACCGAGCCCGAAAAGGUCCGCAGCCAACACUACGACUUGGUUUUAAAUGGCCACGAGAUAGGAGGUGGUUCUAUCCGAAUUCACGAUGCUCAGCUCCAGCGCUACAUCCUGGAAACGUUACUGAAGGAAGAUGUGACGUUGCUGUCCCACCUGCUCCAGGCUUUAGACUCCGGGGCGCCCCCUCAUGGAGGAAUCGCCUUAGGGUUGGACAGACUGAUGUGCAUCGUCACUGGAGCACCCAGCAUCCGGGAUGUCAUAGCCUUCCCCAAAUCCUUCCGGGGGCACGACCUCAUGGGCAACGCCCCCGAUGUCCUCCCGCCCGAGGACCUGAAGCCCUAUCACAUCCAGGUCUCCUGGCCGACAGACUCAGAGGCGGAGAAGAACUCUUUGACUCAUCCACACCGUCCAGAAAGCUGAGCUUCUAAGUUUCAUCCUCUUUGCUCCCUCGAGGCUAAAAUCAGACCCAGGUUCACAGAUCUGAUCUAUCUUUAGGUGCAAGGGCUCCAGGCUACCUUCUUCACCGCAAAGAGACACACGGAAGGUAGCCAGCCUCGCACUUGGUAACGUGCAUUAUUAGGAUUUUUUUUGAGGUUUCUCUUUCAUGCAGAGAGGCAUGAGAGAAGGCUCUCUGUGGAAUGACGUAAUGGCUGUUUCUUAGUCACAGUUUUCAUGCCUGGAGAUUAGACUGUUCACUCGGAACAGGAGGAAUCCAGUCGUGUGUGGAAUGUGAGAGAUGUGCCCCCUGAGACUGGUGAGUUGCUGCUGAGUCCGUUUAACUGGCGUCGCCAAGAGAAUCCUAUGAACUCAGCGGGGCCGUAACGUUUCAGCUCUCAACGUGACAAGGGGAGAAGCCACGUGCUGUGACACAGAACACCGCUGCAAUCAAGUCCACAAAACCCUAGUCGCUGCUGCACCCCGAGCGAGUUGCCUCAGCCCCUUGGCCUCCCUCCUGCUCAUGGGAAACGCAGGCGGUACCCACCCUGGCCACCACACCUUGCCAGGACCAGAGGAGACAACGUGUGUGCAAGAUGAUGGGAGUGAAA